CCAACAGAUUCUAAGGCCCAGGGUCAUGCAAACAUGGAAUUUUGUGGGUGGAGACCAUGAGUUUGAUAAUCUAACAGACUGGUGCAGAUCCUGGCUCCCAAUCUCUAAGUUGAGAUGGUAACUCAUUGUGAUGGUCUCAGUACUGGGAUCACAGAUCUCAGGAGGGUGGGAGCUGCAUCCUCAUCCCUCCUCACCCUUUGUUCUCUGCAGGGUACUUCAGAGAACAGUCAUGACUACCUUGUACCCAUCUCUGGAGGAUCUGAAGGUGGACCAAGUUAUCCAGGCCCAGGCCCAGGCCUCACCCAGGAUGCAGACUCUAUCAACUCCAGUAGCUUCUGCUCCCCCACUUUCAGUUUUGUACCCAAACCUGGCAGAACUAGAGAGCUAUAUGGGUCUUUCCCUCUCUAGCCAAGAAGUCCAGAAGAACCUGCCUCAGAUUCCAGAGGGUACCAAUAUGGUGGUCGCUGGCCCUGGGCCCAAUCAGGUGGUAGCACCGGUGUCUGGGAACAAUCUGGGUGUGCUUCGUGCAGAGAUCAAGCCCGGAGUGCGUGAGAUCCACCUGUGCAAGGACGAGCGUGGCAAGACUGGGCUGCGGCUGCAGGCGGUUGACAAGGGGCUGUUUGUGCAGCUGGUCCAGGCCAACACUCCUGCAUCACUAGUGGGGCUGCGCUUUGGGGACCAGAUCCUGCAAAUCGAUGGGUAUGACUGUGCAGGGUGGAGUACACAGAAAGCUCACCGGGCAUUGAAGAAGGCCUCAGCAGAGAAGAUUGUCAUGGUUGUUCGGGACAGGCCAUUCCAACGGACUGUCACCAUGCACAAAGACAGCUCAGGCCAAGUUGGCUUCUUCAUCAAGAAGGGGAAGGUAGUGUCCGUGGUUAAGGGGAGCUCUGCGGCCCGCAAUGGACUUCUCACCAACCACUGUGUGUGUGAGGUGAACGGACAGAAUGUCAUUGGGCUAAAGGACAAACAGAUCACAGAGAUUCUGGCCACAGCUGGAAAUGUCAUUACCCUGACCCUCAUUCCCACAGUGAUCUACGAGCAUAUGAUCAAGAAGUUGUCCCCGCUGCUGCUCCACCACACCAUGGACCACUCCAUCCCAGACAUCUGAAGCCACAGGAAAACAGCCCAGGCCCCCUGCCAUCUGGCCAGGAAGGAUAGCAGUCCUCAAAUGACAGGUUGCAGCUGGCCUGCUGCCUGGGACUGGGGUAUUGUGGGGGGUGUGUCCCUGGUGGAUGGCUUCAGGAUGAGUUUGCUGUGCCCUGUGUAGAGCUUUUGAGUGCCUCAGACUCCUAACUGGGCUAAAGCACUGGCAGGGCACAGGCAGCUGGUUCUGUGCAUUGUAGAUGCUGGGCAUUUAGGCGAAACAGAAUGUCUGCGUUGCAGCUGGGUCCUUUUGCAGAGUUUUGCCUCUACCGGGAAAUCAACCACGACUUGAGAAAGGCAUUCAUUCUUUGUGAGCAUGCUCUUUGCCUUUUUUCACUCUGUCACAGAUUGUAUGUAGAUUAGUUAGACCCCUUUACUGUCUCAUGAAUAAAGAUUGUAUUUUAAACACAGUCCCAUCCUUGAAAGUUAUUGGAAGUUCCAGAGUCCUUAGUCUCAUGACAUGCCAGGGCUGCUUUGAUUUUGAACAGUGGUGAGUCCAAGGCCUCUGUGUGCUGCCUCUGAGAACAGUGGAACCUUUGCAUUGUGGGCUGCCUGCCAGUCUGAGAUGGGAAUGCUGGAAUUGGGGCUGUGUGGUUAUGGGGUGGCAGGGAUGGUAGAGGGAACUCUGUACUGGCUCUGGGACCCUUGUUGAAUGACCAUGGCUGUUUAUGCAGCUGCAAA